CACGGCCACGGCCACGUCCCGCCGCGAGAGAGGGCGGAGCGAGCGUGCGCGGCGGGCGCGCGCAGGCUCGGCGACCCAGCCCUGAGCCGCCUGCGCGGUUCGGCGUCCGCAGCUGGCGGCUGCUGAGCUGCCUUGGGGUGCAGUGUGGGAGGUCCAGAGCCAUGUCGGACCUGCUACUACUGGGCCUGAUUGGGGGCCUGACUCUCGUACUGCUGCUGACGCUGCUGGCCUUUGCCGGGUACUCAGGGCUGCUGGCUGGGGUGGCAGUGAGUGCUGGCUCACCUCCCAUCCUCAACAUCACUGUGGCCUACAAGUUCCACAUGGGGCCCUAUGGUGAGACUGGGCGGCUUUUCACCGAGAGCUGCAGCAUCUCCCCCAAGCUCCGCUCCAUCGCUGUCUACUAUGACAACCCCCACAUGGUGCCUCCUGAUAAGUGCCGUUGUGCUGUGGGCAGUAUCCUGAGUGAAGGUGAGGAAUCACCCUCCCCUGAGCUCAUCGACCUCUACCAGAAAUUUGGUUUCAAGGUGUUCUCCUUCCCGGCACCCAGCCAUGUGGUGACAGCCACCUUCCCCUACACCACCAUCCUGUCCAUCUGGCUGGCUACCCGCCGUGUCCAUCCUGCCUUGGACACCUACAUCAAGGAGCGGAAGCUGUGUGCCCAUCCUCGGCUGGAGAUCUACCAGCAAGACCAGAUCCAUUUCAUGUGCCCACUGGCACGGCAGGGAGAUUUCUAUGUGCCUGAGGUGAAGGAGACAGAGCGGAAAUGGCGGGGGCUUGCAGAGGCCGUUGAUGCCCAGGUGGAUGGCACAGGAGCUGACACGAUGAGUGACACGAGUUCCGUGAGCUUGGAGGUGAGCCCUGGCAGCCGGGAGACUUCAGUUGCCACACUGUCACCGGGGGCAAGCAGCCGUGGCUGGGAUGACAGUGACACCCGCAGCGAACACAGUUACACCGAGUCAGGUGCCAGCGGCUCUUCUUUUGAGGAGCUAGACCUGGAGGGUGAGGGGCGUUUGGGGGAGCCACAGCUGGACCCUGAGACUGAGCCUCUGGGGAUUACCAAGUGGCCCUGGGAGCUCAGUACCCCUGAGAAGGGCAAGGAGUAACCUGUGGCCUGCACCCUCCUGCAGUGCCAUUGCUGAGGAACUGAGGAGACUCUCCAGGGGACUCUCUAGCCCUUUUCCUUCUUCCCCUGGGGAAGGAGGGGUUCCUGAGGGACCUGAUUUCCUCUGCACCAGGCCUCUUGCUAAGCCUUCUCCUCACUGCCCUUUUGGCUCCCAGGGCCAAAGAAGCUAGGGACUGUUUUCUGCACCAGCCCCUAGGGCUGCCGCCCCUGUUGUGUCUUUUUUCAGAUUCAUUGGAGCUUCCAGGACCCAGAAUAAAGCCAAUGAUUUACUUGUUUCACCUGGA